UGUUCAUCUUAAGUCAAACCAAGCCAACCAGUUAGCCAUCACCCAUCGCCACUACUUCAACGUCAUAAAAUCAUCACAGAAAAUUACAUUUCUUUAUCACAAAAUCCCAGCAAAUAUGUACAAUGUUGACAAAGGAUAGUAUUUUGGUCAAAAUAAUCAAUAACAUGAUAACGUUAUCUAAAAUAAAUCCAACGAUGUAAUAUCGUUUCCAAUGCCAAACCAAGUUCGCGUCCAUUAUGUUAACGAUAGUUAAAUAAAUAAAAAAUAAAAAAAUUGCUCAGUGAAAAUGGGUGAAAGAGCUAAAAGUCACUUCGGUGAUUUUAAGAAGACACAUUUCGCCAAACUGCACGAGAGGAUACAAAGGAAAUAUGAAGAGAUGCAAUGGAAACUGGAGAAAUCAAAAUCCGUUGACGUACUGUCGACGCUUAAAGAUGAUUAUGCCUUUAAAGAGAUCAAAUUCGCAAGCACUUUGGAUAUAACUGCGGAGUCGGACGAAAUUUUUGAAGAAGUUCAGAACCAUAGUUCCUUGGAAAAGCAUACAUUGCUAAUUAAAGACAUGAAUAGGAAUGACGCUAAUCUUGAAUAUGUUGAUUUCAAAGAAGCUAGUAUUUCCGAGUCCGAAGGGUUUACUCCUCUUGAAAAGUACGAAAAUGGCAGGGAAGAUAAAUUCUUUGGAGAUGACUUUUCUAAAAUGAGUCUUGAGUCAUUAAAUGAAGUAGCUUCAGGGAGCGACGGUGAGCUCACGCCCCCGGCGACUCCCCCGAAGAUUUCGAUUCGCAAUAGAAUUGGUUCAAAAAUAUCCGCUGUCAAGGAAAAACGUUGGCGAGAGGAAAAAGUAAAAAAUCCGAACAAGGACAGGAAAAGGGAACAUCGUGACAAAGUUGAAAAGUUUAUUUUGAGUAAUACGACUAAACAGGAUUUGAGGAGCUUAAAGAAGACUAAAUUGGGUACUGUAACAAUUGCACUGAUCGACGCUACAGAUUUAGAGACUGAAGGCCCCGAAGAAAGAACCCGUAUGUUAUUUUGUCGAUUUAGAUUGGGAACUGAGAAACAUAAGUCAAAGACAGCAAAAGGGAAUACAACUAAAUUGAAAUGGCAAGAACUAUUCAGUUUGAGUAUGUACGAAGACCAUUUGCUUGAGUUGUCUCUGUGCGAUAAAGAUUUCUGUAUUGGCAGGACUAUAAUAGAUCUGAAUAAUUUGGAUAAAGAGAAGACACAUGAAAUGCGUCUCAAGAUAGAAGGGGAAAUAUCCGUAGUACAAAUUUUUCUAUUAAUUACAAUCAGCGGUAUACCGUUACACAAUACCAUCGCAGAUUUAGAAGAUUAUGAAGCAACAACCAAGGAGCUCGAUGUUGUCAAAAAGAAAUUUGCAUGGUACCAUAUCGGGAAUUCAAACGAAGUUGGCUGGUUAUCUGUGUUGGUAUACGGAGCUAAAGGAUUACAUGCUCAGGACACGUGUUGCAUAUUAGAACUUGAUAAUGAAAGGUUACAAACACAUACAGAAAUCAAAACGAAUGAACCUAAUUGGAUGAAAUUAUUUAGAUUCAUUGUAAAUGAUAUUACUUCAGUAAUAGAAGUGACAGUACAUGACGAAAAAAGAUCUGAGGAUAUUGCAAAAAUUACAAUACCAUUAUUAAAAAUUAACAACGGAGUAAAAAAAUGGUAUGCUCUGAAACACACAACGCAGAGAGAAAGAGCGAGAGGAACGAACCCUAGAAUCCUGUUAGAAAUGAAAGUCACAUGGAAUCUCACAAAAGCAUCGCUCCGAUCGUUUACACCCAAACAGACAAAAUAUUUAGAAACGAAAGCCAAAUUCGAUAGACAUAUUUUUGCGAGGAAUAUCUCAAGGGCAAAAUAUGUCACUGCAUGGGUGCUAAAUGCUAUCCAGAUCGUUAAAACAUGUUUCGAAUGGGAAUCAAGAAAAUCAAACGCAUUAGCCCUCACAUUAUGGCUAUUAUUUUGUUGGUUUUUCAAAAUGUGGAUGUUGCCACUUCUAUUAUUGAUACCAUUCAUUUGGUAUCGUCCACCGAGAUACUAUUUAGUAAACUGGAAACGUUAUUUCAAAGGAAUGCCAAUUGAAGAUGAUAAUUCCAAGAAAGAGAAGGACGAAAAAAACACAUCUUUGAGACAAAAGAUACAAAGUUUACAGGAAAUGGUACAGACGGUGCAGAAUUUCAUUGGAACGUUUGCGAGUCUACACGAGAGAGUAAAGAAUUUGUUCAACUUUACAGUACCCUUCCUAAGUUUCUUGACCAUAUUCAUGAUCAUAAUUAUCGCCUUCGUAAUGUUUGUGAUUCCUGUGAAAUAUAUCUUCAUGGGUUGGGGUGUACACAAAUUCACAAGAAAAAUUCUUAGGCCGAACAGAAUUCCAAAUAAUGAAAUUCUGGAUCUGCUCUCCCGAGUACCUGAUGAUGAAACGUUGCUUGACUGUGAAGAGCUACCUUUGGAGGAACCAGAGGAAGACGUAGUAGAACCAUAAAUAUUUGAAGUGGUACCCUUAUGGAACACGUACCCUCUAAAAUCAAAUAAAUAGUGUAAAAUUAAGUUAAGGAAUUGAAUUUAAGAAAUGUACAGAAUUAUGAACAAUAAAGAUGUUUCCGGUCCCAA